ACGGCAUGUAGGCAUCACGAAGCGCUUGUGUGAAACAAACCGCUCGCUUAGUUUGCUAAGGGCCAAAAAACUUGGAUAAACUUCCUCUGGAUUCUACUUUCCUCUCUGCUAAGGAACUAUCCAGUAAUCCAUCAUACAACUGACACAAAUCUAAAGAGAUACAGGUUAGCAUGAUGGAACGGGACGGCCUGCAGGAGAGGAGCUCAGAACUGGGAGAGGAGAUGACAGAAGAGAGAUUCCUCAAAGACCUCUACCUCUUUAUGAAACAGAGAGACACACCAAUUGAGAGAAUACCUCAUCUCGGCUUCAAACAGAUCGACAUGUUCCUAAUGUACAAGACAGUGAAGGAGCUGGGAGGCUAUCAACAGGUUACUACACAGCAGUUGUGGAAGAAAGUUUACAACAUACUUGGAGGAAACCCACGCAGCACCAGUGCAGCCACCUGCACUCGUAGACACUAUGAAAAGCUACUUCUACCUUUUGAGUGUCACCAAAGUGGAUACAGGGACGACAUUGUCUUCAGGACGCCUCGAUUACAAAAGCACUUCCAACCCAGCAGUUUCAACGACUUUGAGCAUGAAUACCCCAGGACUGGCAAACGGGCAGAUUUCCGACACCUACCGGCAUUCCCUCAGGCCUCUCCGAACAUGUUAAUGGAGCAUCAGAGACCGAUUUUUAACAUGCCUUUGAAUGUUGCUCCAUACUUCCCACACGGAAGUACACAUCUACCCAAUUAUAUCGCUCUUCGAGAAUCUACACGGCCCCACCUAAGCUUCAAUCCUUCUCAAGACCUUCCCCGUAGGCCUGUCUCAAACUUGGGCGCGUCCUCUAUGGAAGUUCAUAUCUGCGAUCAGUCACUUGAUAGGCUACGCCACCUGGCUAAAGAGUACAAGUCAUCAACCGGUUUGGAGGAACCCCUUAACCUCAGUCGGAAAGAAAACAGUCUUGAGACACUGAGUCACACACCAUCAUCUUUCGGCCCACCUCCCUCUAAAAAGCCCAAGUUCCUCAACGAAGCCUCUCCUCUUUACACUCCAAGGGGUUUGACGCCCGAAGAAGGAGCAGAACAAGGGGAAGAAACUUCCUCAGGAGAAGGAGAACCAGGGAAUGUCCGAACAGGACCGAGCCCGGUGAUGUCUGAGGUCAUUGAUCUCACAUCCUCUUCCAAAGCCAAUCCAGUCCCACGUAGAGCAAGUCCUCCUUCAGUGAAUCUUUUCAAUCGUAGAGUGAGCUACUCCGAAGCGUUCUCUAUGAAAGCACAGGAACGAGACCACUAUGCGGACUGGUUGAAAGAAGAGUCUUCUGGUGCACCAACACCUAAGUUAGGAGGGAUCUUAAACCAAAGCAGUACCCUUGGACACCCACCCCUUGAUUCCAACGGCAAAAUGGAGAUCCAGAUUCCUCUAAAGCUUCUAAAUGAGCUCAUUAGGAGAGGACUGGUUUCCAACGGGUCUGUUUCUCAAUGCCCAACCAAAGCUGAAGCACAACCUGAGCACAAGAUAUACAUGCGAUCAAGCUCAGAUGCAUCUGAGAGUUCCACCACAUGCGAGGAGCCAACCAAUUUGAGACUGAAGAGCCCUUUCAGAAACCUUUCAGAUACUAUCCCUCAAGAUAACGGUAUAAAGAAGCACCGACUCGUCAGCGGCAAUGGCAUCUCAGCAGAAUCAAAGGCCCAGAUGAUGAGCUCUUAUUAUGUAAACAACUCUCUCAAGCACUCUCUGGAUAGGGAUAUACACAAGCCCUCUCAACCUAAACAGACACAAGCUCCUUUGACAUACAACCAUGAAAGCAUGAACCCCAGACCCCACAGUUACAGUGAAGAUACUCCAUUCUCUUUGACCAUAAAACCUGGAAGAAAGUCAGAGAAAGUUAUGGAAACAUCUAACAUUGUGACAAAGGAUAUCUUGACUUCACCAGCUUUGACAUCAGAGCACCUCAAAUUUCUUCUGGCAAACCUGCCCUAUAGACUGGAAAGGGGGCAGACAUUUUAACCUUGGCCAACGUCGUAAUCUUGCCUAAUCGGACACUUGCGUUGCAUCACUCAAGUCAAGGAUUUCUGAAACGAUGAACUGAAAAGAGAAAUGUUGAGGAUGGACUUGACGGAUGUUUUGCAGUGAUUAAACCUUUUGUAUAAAAUGUAUAUAGAUCUAUAUGAAAAGGGUCAGCUCAGGGAAAAAAGUCCCUGUAAAUACCCUUGAUUUGUAAGACUGUUCAAAUAAGCAAAGUUACAUUUUUAAAAACUUUUUAGCAAGUCUUUAUGAAGAAGCACUGAUAUUGGCAGCAAAGCAUAGAGCUGUUUUGAAGUUAUUUUUUAUAUUGUAUUUUUUUUUUUAAAUGUAUAUAACCCUGAUCAUUUGAUUUUGUCAUUUUAUUUAGCAAUUCUUGCUAUUUCUUUAAUGGAAAAACAAUAAUUAAAAAAAAAGUACAGUACAAUAUCACAUAAAAUUUGCUCCUGAAUAAAUAAGAGAAUUACAUCACUAUAAUAUACUGUUACAGUUGAGAUAUCCAAAUGAUUUCCAAGAAGCAAACAGAAUGAACCAUUUAGAUAAGGUGUUGUGAUUGUUUCCAUUAUUUUUGUACUGAAUAUGAAACUCUUGAGAUACAGCACCUCUGAAUUUCUAGGAAUUUAGGUAUCAUAUAGACAAGUUGUUUUACUGGUUGCACAGGAACCUACUAGAAUAUCAUACACUCAGCUCUUGAAACAUGCAUAUCCCCCUUCACACAUAACUUCCUUCACACAUAAGCAAAAAAAUAAAAAAUAAAAAAAUACAUCCAAACACACAGCCACAAAAAGCGGUGGGUUUUUCAAACAUUCAUUUUAUUAUCAUGGCACUAUCAACACAAUUUGAGACCACAAUUGUCAUAUACAUAAAGAAAAAACAGAUUCAUCAUACCUAUUGUCAAUAGAGCCUAUCUUUCCAGCUAUCAUUGAUUACCUGCUAUUAAUCUUGAUGAAUCCAAAAUUAAAAUCCAGUAAGAUUUAGUGGGGUCAUGUUCAAAUUGAUUUGAAACGUUGUUGAGUAGGUUGAUUUGACAUUAAGGAAGUAAAAGUCAUGCUCCUAACAUAGAUUUUUUUUUAAUUUGCUACCUGUCAAACAAAGAAUUUACAGUACGUGGUUGCUCAAUUCUCAAAUUUGGUUGCUCAAUUCUCUAUACUGGGCCUUGGGUGAUUCAAUAAUUACUAGUAAAAAACAAACAAACACUUUAAUCUGUCAAACUCUUGUCAUGUAGGAUUUACAUAGCUUGUAGCAAGUAAAACUGUUUUCAGCAAAUUCUACAGGAUCGUGAGUGAUUUUAAUCCAGCAAAACAUGUAAUGGAAAGUUAAAGGGCUGUAGAAUCAAACAGUGCUCAGUAAUGGUCUGGCUCUUUAAAAUAUUUGCACUAAAAAUAUGAUGCAGUACAUGUACAGCAUUUUUUUCAGACCUUAACAAUUUUAAACUGAGAAAUAACUACAUCAGAAAAAAAAACAUUUAAAAAACUUUUAUAACAUAAACCUACUUCAAAUGAUUAAACAGCAACUUCUUAUUUUUUCCCCAACAAUUUCCUUUCUGUUGUAACACUCCACAAUAAUGAAUUCAAAAU